AUGUCUCGCGACGGAGAAGAAAGUGGCUUUAAUCUGAAGCCCUUUACUGUUGACCUGUCCGAUGGGGUCCCUCAUAUGAUUGACCUGUCUCAGAGAACCGAGCUGCCUACGAAUGGAGACUAUCUUGACUCAAAUGCCGGUAUUAGAUUAGAAACGUUGACAUCCCUGAGAAAGGAAUUGAUUGAGGAUCUCGACUGGGACACUGAGCAGCAAAAGCUCAACAAGUUCCACCAUUUCACAACUGAAAUCGAAAACCAAACCAUCCACUUCAUCCAUCAAAAGUCCCAUAACCACAAAGCCAUCCCCCUAGCUCUUAAUCACGGAUGGCCCGGGUCGUUUCUAGAAUUCAUCCCGUUGCUCGAGAAGCUCGAGGAUGACUUCCAUAUCAUCACACCCUGCCUCCCAGGCUUUGCAUUCUCAUCAGCACCGCCGCCGACCUGGACCGUCCACGACACAGCCAGGCUCUUCAACACGCCCAUGACCAAAAUCUUGGAAUAUCCCAAGUACGCGGUCUACGGCACAGAUUGGGGAUCUUGUGUUGCAUACAGUCUCUAUGCCAAUUUCAACACGUCGGUGCGAUUGGUUCAUCUCUCAUUCCUUCCGUUCGUCCCCUUGUAUAGAGCCCAGCUUGAGGCGGAGGGUAUCAAAUUGUCACUUCUUGAGGAAUUCAAAGCUCAACUUGCUGAGGAAUGGGCUACAACUGGAAAUGCUUAUUACAUGGAGCAAGCAACAAAGGCAAGUCAAAAUGCCAGUCUCGGGGUAUCAUUCUAA